AUGAUGCAACACUUCAUGACUCAAAACAGAAGAGAAGAGAACCUGCUUUCCGAGCUGCGUGGCCUGAGGACUUCGUUUCCUAUGAUGCCAGGUGCACAAACGGCAAGCACCUGCAGGAAUUUGGCCUCCCCUGCCAAGCCGCAGAAACAGCACCACCCGAAUGAAACGCUGUUCCACAGGCACCGCUCCCGCAAGCCAACCGGCUUCUUUCCGAUGGCGCGCUUUGGCUGCGGGCGCCUACCCAAGUUCUUGUGCUCGGCGGCUUUGCUAGGUGUGCUAACACUGUUACUCAAUAACGUCUUCUUGGAACCACAUGACCACACGAGCCCCGAGCCCAAACCCGAGCCCAAAACCGAGGCAGAACCGGGGCCCAGAUCUUUUCCCGUGCUGGCGAACUGCAACAAGUUAUCCCCGCUGCUAGUCGGGCCCUGUACCCCUAGGCGUUACUCGCCACCUAGCAUGGAGGAGAUCCAAAAGAAGAGCGGCCCAUUGUCUCCGGGAGGCCUUUACAGUCCGCCGGACUGCCGAGCUCUGCACCGCAGUGCCAUCGUGAUCCCUUACCGGAAUCGGGCUUCCCACCUGCGCAGUCUCCUAGACCACCUCCAUCCUAUCCUACAGAGGCAGCAGAUUCAAUACAGGAUCUACGUGGUGGAGCAGUGGGGACAAGGCACCUUCAACAAGGGCAGACUGCUCAACGCGGGCGUGCAGGAAGCUCUCCGAGACGACAACUGGACCUGCAUCAUCCCCCACGACGUGGACCUGCUGCUCGAGGACGACCGCAACAUGUAUUCCUGCAAGCCGAACAAUCCCACGCACCUGUCAGUGGCCAUCGACAAGUUCAAUUACGUGUACGGUUAACCUCCGCCGCCCCAGAUCAAGUGGAAAAUCGAGUUUUUGGACCAAUGAAAGAAAGAAAACAAUCAGACUAAAGUUGUAGUAUUAGUAGGAGUCGUAGUAUUAGUACGGGAAAAUGUUGUUAUUUCAAGAGGAAAAAAAUCAGGCGUUGUAAUA